CCAGGUUACCUUACAUUCCACGUUUCUUUCUCCCCUAACUCCUCCAUUUAGGGGUCUCCUUUUGCACUCUGCUCAUUUCUCCCCAUCACCACCAUCUCCAUCCAUCCUUCACGUUCUCAACUUUUCACCCUCAUGUCUGCCCUCCUUUCUCUCUCCGAGAUUACCAGAUUCUGCACAUAAAUCUGGGAAAAGGCUUUGUGAAUUGAAGCUGUUUUCUUAACGAGGAAAGGAAGAUUGAAUGGAUUUGCCUCCUGGCUUUCGGUUUCACCCAACAGAUGAAGAGCUAAUCACUCAUUAUCUGUUCAAGAAGGUCACUCAUACAAACUUCUCUGCUAGUGCCAUUGGAGAAGUGGAUUUGAACAGGUCUGAGCCUUGGGAUUUGCCAUGGAAAGCGAAAAUGGGGGAGAAAGAGUGGUAUUUUUUCUGCGUGAGAGACAGAAAAUACCCAACUGGUUUGAGAACUAACAGGGCCACUGAAGCUGGGUACUGGAAAGCCACAGGGAAAGAUAGGGAGAUUUACAGAGGAAAAUCGCUGGUAGGGAUGAGGAAAACUCUGGUUUUCUACAAAGGAAGAGCACCAAAGGGAGAAAAAACCAACUGGGUCAUGCAUGAAUACAGGUUAGAUGGUAAAUUCUCUGUCCACAACCUUCCCAAAACUGCAAAGAACGAGUGGGUUAUUUGCAGGGUGUUUCGGAAGAAUUCUGGUGGCAAGAAAACCCAUUUGUCGGCUAUAAUGAGGUUUGAAUCCACUGGAAAUGGACUGAGUUCUUCGGUUUUACCACCUCUUGCAGAUUCUUCUUGCAUUGGUAAAACUGAACCCAAGAUGACUGAAUCAUCAUACGUGUCCUGCUUCUCCAUUGUAAUCGAUGAUCAAAGAAACCAAGGAGGGAUCUUUAAUUCCUCAGAAAACCCCCUUUUGGGGAUUCCUUCAAAUCCUCCAGAAAUUCUGCCAGCAAUCCCCCUUUCUGGAUCAUUCUAUUCUGCUCAUCCCCUUCAAGCUCCUGCAAAUUUGCCAAUAUCAGGUCUUGCUCUCUCUGAUAGGCAGGACCAGAACCUCCUUAAGGCUUUUCUUGAUUUUGACUCCGAGGGACGACAGAUGAUCAGUGUUUCACAAGAAACAGGUCUCACCACUGAUAUGAAUCCUGACAUUCCUUCUGUGAUGCCAAGUUUUGAUAUGGGCAGGAGGGUUUUUGAGAAUCAGCGAAACCUUUCUGCUCCUGCUGCUGCACCACUGGACCGUGAUAGCUUGUGGAAUAACUAAGACUGUUCUGAACUCAGAUGAAAAGGCUGUGGUAGGGAAUUGAUGUCAUAGUUUAUUUGCAUACUGUAGUUUUUAAUGAAGCAUAUGUAUGCGAUGUAUUGUGUACUGUAAGAACUCGUGAACUUCUAAAGCUGUUUUUGUAUUUGAAUACUUCAGGCUAAUGGGCUAUGUUGCGUGAAUGUUAUGUGCUAGACUUGUUAGUCAGCACCAACUAUUUUCCUGAUUCUAUUCCAUUUGUACAGUCAA